UACCACCAGGAAGUUGCUACUAUUUCAUUCAUUGUGUACAUGAUUCUGCACAGUUUGUGAACUAUUACAGCUGAUUACAACACAUCAUUUCAUAAUGCGUAGAAGAACGGAAGCUCAAGCAUCAAACAAUGAACGUGUCAAUGAUGAUAAAAAGGAUCGGGAUAAAAAAUUGCACAGCCAAGCUGUAACUGAAGGCAGAGCGUCUUACGGCUCUGUGCUCAUGACCACUGGAAAGUGUUUACUCUUGAUCAUCUUCAUCCCUCCCUUCCUCAACUAUGCAUCGCUGCAGAGAGAAGGACAGAUGCUCAUGCCUAAAGAUGGCCAGAUUGUUGAUGUUGGUUUGGGUCAAAAGAUGCACCUUUUGUGUAAAGGAAAAGGACAACCAGCUGUCAUACUUGAUGCACCAGCUGGAAUGUCCUCAGAUGUUUGGUUGCAUGUCCAAGAAACUGUGGCCACGCUAACAACGGUCUGUACCUAUGACAGAAUGGGACUGGGCUUCAGCAAGCGGUUGAUGCAGAAUGAAACCACAGGAACUGAGAAAGUUUGGGGGAUGUCAACAACUGGACGGAUGGUGGAUGAUCUGCACCGACUCCUGCAGGCUGCUGGAAUAGCCAAGCCCUUCAUCCUGGUGGGCUCUGAGCUUGGCACACUCAAUGGCAGGUUUUAUAGCCACAUUCAUGAUGUGCAAGUGUCAGACCUGGUGCUGAUUGAUCCCAUCCCAGAGGACGUUUUUGAGGAUGAACAGUGGAAAGAGUACUGGUAUGGUAAGCUGCUGCCCUCACUCCAAGCCAGGCAGUUUUCAGCAGCCACAGGGCUGAGCCGCAUGCUGAUUAUCCUGGGGGCGAUGGAACCGACUAUUAAAGGAGAAAAUGUCUCAGAGGAGGUCAUCCAGCGCCAGAAAUAUCUCCUGAGUAACCCUGCCCACCAGAGCAGUGCUGUGGAUGAGCAUUACUUUUUGAAUGAAAGUGCAGCUCAAGUGAGGGACAUCACAAAAUUUAAGCCCCUCUCCAGCAGGACAACAGUGAGUGUGAUCACCGGGGAUUCCUUUGACCAGCAAAUACCAGAACAUCUAAACCAGAUGGUAGCUAAGCUUCAAAAGAAGUUUCUGGAGGAGUCCUACCCAUCAGCCAAUCACAUUCACAUAAAAGGAGCAGACCGCCGAAUGAUCUACAACAAGCCAUCUGCCAUCAGCCAGCACCUGAGGAAGCUAGUCAACCGACGACAAGCCAAACAGCAGAGCGAGUGACCCAUGGCCAACAUGUAACAAUACCCCAGACACGGACAGGGUAAUCACUGAAUAUGUUUUAAAUAUUCAAUAAAAUAUUCAAGUUAUCUUUUUACCUCUCAGCAAUC